CAUUUUUAUUUGACAGUUGUAACUUUUGCUAACCCACGGUCAAAAUAAAAAUAAAUUUUGAAAAAUGAUGUUAUCCUCCAAAGUUUUUCGUUUAAUUCACGACAUCCGCUUUACUAUUCCAAUAAUUUCACAUACAAAAUAUUUCCAUCAUGAAUUCAAAAAUCCCGAACCAUUGAAACCAAAAGAUGACACCAAACAAAAAGUACCCUCGGACGUGCGACACAAAUACAAAGUUUUCCGCGAUGAAGAUUCUCCAGAGAUUUUCGAUGUUGAAGAGGAAAAGGAACGUUAUCAUAUUGAAGAUGAACCUGAAUUAGAUACUAGUGAAGAAUUCCUAGGGCUCAAUUUAAAACAUGGAGUUCAUGGUGUCUUUGAUGUCGAAGACCUUGUUGACGUUCUACGAUUGGAAAAUGCCGAAGAUAUCUUUGUUUGUAGUGUUCCCAAGGAAUACAAGUAUGUUGACUACAUGGUAGUGGUCACGGGAAGAAGUUACCGCCAUAUGUUGGCCACAGCCGAGUUCGUUCGACGUGUAUUCAAAAAGAAAUGUUUCGCAGGUGAAAAUCUGCCUAAAAUUGAAGGCGAAAAGAGCCGAGAUUGGAUGGCAAUGGAUUUGGGUAAUAUAGCUCUUCACAUCUUCUCAGCACAAGCUCGAGAGCACUACGAUCUAGAAUCGCUGUGGAGCAUUGGAUCUCAAUACGACAAAGAAUCCAAUAAACCACAAGAUCCUUUAAUCGAGUUGUUUGAAAAACACUCGAAUCUGCUUAACAAUUUGAAACCUUAAUCAAUAAAUAUUUGUUUUUCGUUUAUUAAAUAAAAAAAUGUAUUUUUCAGUCAAAA